CACACGCUGGUUUCAGGCAGUGUGCUGCUCUACAGGUGUGUUUUAUUAUUUGGCUGUAAAUCAGUAAUAGUGUGUGUUUCAUGUCUCGGUUGAAGAGAGGAGCUGUAGCUGACCCUCGGGCCGGGUUCCGACAGGAGACACAGGAAUGUCCGGUACCGAGUGGGCUGCUGAAGAGCGCCAGGAAAAGCGGACAACUCAACCUGUCCGGCCGCGGCCUCACUCACGUUCCUCAGAGUGUGUGGAGGAUAAACGUGGACCCUCCAGAAGAAGCUCGGCAGAAUCUGUCCUUCAGUGCAGCAGAACGAUGGUGGGAGCAGACUGAUCUCAUCAAACUCCUCCUCUCCUCCAACAAACUCCAGACAAUCUCCGAAGACAUCAAACUUCUGCCUGCACUUGUGGUUUUAGAUGUUCAUGACAACCAGCUCACUGCGCUGCCGGCAUCUAUUGGCGAGCUGGAACAGUUACAGAAACUCAUCCUGAGUCAUAAUAAGUUGACAGAGCUGCCCACGGAGCUUUGGAGCCUGACAAACCUUCGAUGUCUCCAUCUGCAGCAGAACCUGCUCGAACAGCUGCCUGCAGACUUGGGCCAGUUGUGCCACUUAGAGGAUCUUGAUGUUUCCAACAACAAAUUAAUGGCUGUACCAGACAGCCUGGCAGAGCUCGGCAACCUCAUAAAACUGAAUCUGUCCUUCAACAAUCUGAAGAGCCUGCCGCCUGCAGUCAGCGGAAUGAAGAACUUGAGAAUGCUGGACUGCUCUCGAAAUCAGUUGGAGAGCGUGCCGCCUGUCCUGGCACAGAUGGCAUCUCUCGAGCAGCUGUACUUGAGGCACAACAAACUGCGCUUCCUCCCGGAGCUGCCUUCCUGCAAAACACUCAAGGAGCUUCACUGUGGGAAUAAUCAGAUCGAGGUAUUGGAGGCAAAUCAUCUAAAACAUCUGAGUGCUCUGAGUGUUUUGGAGCUGAGAGAUAACAAGGUGAAGAGUCUUCCUGAGGAAAUAACUGCACUACAAGGCCUGGAGCGCCUGGAUCUUACCAACAAUGACAUUAGCAGUGUACCCUGUGGUCUUGGAACUUUGCCGAAGCUGAAGUCUCUGGCUCUGGAGGGCAAUCCUUUGAGGACGAUCCGCAGAGAGAUUCUCACCAAAGGCACCAGUGAACUCCUGAAAUAUCUUCGAAGUCGAAUCCAAGAGCAGCCGGAUGGGAAAGCUAAAGAGGAGCCGAGCACAGCGAUGACUCUCCCGAGCCAGGCCAGGAUUAAUGUGCAUGCCAUCAAAACACUGAAGACAUUAGACUACAGUGAAAAACAAGAGCCAUUUAUACCUGAUGACGUGUUUGAUGCAGUCAGUAACAGUCAUGUUACAAAUGUGAACUUCAGCAAAAACCAGCUGACUGCUGUACCGCCCAGGAUCGUGGAGCUGAGAGACACUCUAGCAGAUAUCAAUCUCGGAUUUAAUAAGCUUUCAUCCGUUCCUCUUGAAUUUUCCAAACUACAGCAGCUUGUGCACAUAGACCUCAGAAAUAAUCUGUUGACGUCGCUGCCAGUAGAACUGGAGGCUCUCACCAAGCUGCGGAGCAUCAUCUUGUCAUUUAAUAAAUUUAAGAGUUUCCCGGAUGUGCUGUACAGCAUCUUAACCCUGGAGACGAUUUUAAUAAGCAACAAUCAAGUCGGAGCCAUUGAUCCUGUGCGGCUGAAGCUGCUCGACAGGUUGUCCACUCUGGAUCUGCAGAAUAAUGACAUCAUGCAGGUGCCACCAGAACUGGGUAACUGUACCAGCCUGAGGGCUCUGAUGCUGGAUGGGAACCCUUUCCGUAACCCAAGAGCUGCGAUUGUAGCUAAAGGAACAGACGCACUUCUUGAGUAUCUCCGAAGUCGCAUUCCUACAUGAGUUCAGCGUUUUACAGGGCUGAGCUCCCAUCACUGCCAUGCAAUUAAAGCACUAUAAGACUCGUUCUGCAGACAAGACACAACACUUCUCUGCCAUAAACUUGGAGUAACUCGGUGUUUGUUCUCCUAAAGUCUCAUUGUCUUAAUUGGGAAAUUCACAGAAAUCAUUUGUUCGAACCUCUGCAGUGAUCUAGUGCACACACUCAUUGUCUCAAUCAUCUCUUAUCACCUUGUAUUUGCUGACCAUCUUUACAAUAAAAAGCACUGCGUUUGCAUUUA